ACCCGCCUUGUGAAAAUUCACGAGUAACUGAAAGCUUCAACAAUCUGUGUCCUUUUUUCAUCAUCCAUCAAGAUCAAUAAUCGUCUUCAACUACUUUCUAGAAAUCACUCCAGAGCCUGAAAUGAAAAUCAAACCAUAUCAGAUUCAGCAAUUCCCCAGAAACUCAAUUGCUUCAUCAUGGGGAACCCAAUUACACCCACCUCCUCCUUCAAACCUCUCUUCUUUGUCUUCCAAUCAAAGCUCCUCUGUUUCGCUCUGCUCUUUCUCUUUGCCUCUCUUUACUUCACUUUCUCUCAAUCCAAACAAUGUCGCUUCUCGUCGUCUUCUCUUUCCUCUGAUCCUAUAUUGACUUUCCUGUAUUCCUACCCUUCAUCUUAUGGAGAGCACAAGUAUGCUAUUCCAACCACCCGUUCUACCUGCUCUUCUCCAAUUAAGUUUUCUGAUUACCGGGGUGUUCUGAAGGUAAUCGACAAUUACCGCAACAACACUCCGUCUUCCUCGCGGGUUCUAAGGUAUAUGCAGGGUAAUGCGGAUAGCUUUGGAGGGAAUUUCAGUACACAUGUGAGGUUUUCCUAUUUCGAUCAUCAAGGCCAUGAUACCGUAGUCCCCUGUGGUUUUCUGAAAGAUUUCCCAGUAAGUUAUUCUGAUCGAAUUGCCAUGGAAAAAUGCGACGGAGUAGUUGUAGUUUCAGCAAUCUUCAAUGACCAUGACAAAAUCCGGCAGCCAAGAGGCCUUGGGUCAAAAACAAUGGAGUAUGUAUGUUUCUUCAUGUUCAUAGAUGAGGUUACUCUCAAGGAGCUUAGACACUAUGGACUACUAAAUUCAACACAGUCGAGUGAAGACAAGAUAGGUGCAUGGAGAAUCGUGAAGGUUUCAAGCCAAAACUUGUACCAAAAUCCAGCAAUGAAUGGAGUUAUACCCAAAUUCUUGGUCCAUAGAUUGUUCCCAAAUUCCAUAUUCAGCAUUUGGAUAGACGCAAAGCUGCAAUUAGUGGUUGAUCCAUUGUUGUUGAUUCAUUCACUUGUUAUAAAUGAGAAUGCAGACAUGGUUAUAUCGAAACACCCAUAUUAUAUUCAUACCAUGGAAGAAGCAAUGGCUACUGCGAGGUGGAAGAAAUGGUGGGAUGUCUAUGCCUUGAAGAUGCAAAUGGAGACAUACUGUGAAAAUGGAUUACAGCCAUGGAGUCCAAGCAAGCUUCCUUAUGCUUCAGAUGUUCCAGACAGUGCUCUGAUCCUGAGGAAGCAUGGGUUGAGCAGUGACCUAUUCUCUUGCCUCAUGUUCAACGAACUUGAGGCAUUUAACCCAAGAGACCAAUUGGCCUUUGCUUUUGUAAGAGACAACAUGAAACCCAAGAUGAAGUUGAACAUGUUUGAGGUUGAAGUUUUUGAACAGGUGGCAAUAGAAUUCAGACACCACCUGAAGCACAUUGAAGCGGCCAACACUGCCACCAAAAUGUCCAGCGCUGUGAAAACCAACAGAGCAGUGUCAGAUUUGUUGUUUGUUAAUGGAAGCUCUGGCAGCGGGUGCCACAAUUAUCUAAUCACAAUGUGGGGUGAAUCCCCACGAUUGAUACCCAAAAGUUAAUUACAGGAUAGCUAUGUUAUUAUUGUUAUUUGUUUCUACAGAGAAAAGCGAAGGAUGAGAAAGAAAUAACAAACAAAAGAGCCUAAUUAUU